AUGGCCGCUUUCUGCACACUUGCUUCGCUUCCCGAACUUACCUUGAUUCCAUCCAAGGCGCAUCACGCAUUCUCACCAACACUCGGAGAAGUGAAAACGCCAGCCCUUCGUCCUGCAAGAAGGGAAAGACGGCAGAAUGAGCGGCCCUGUGGCAUCGAUGUCUAUAAACACUGUCAUCUCCUGAUCACGCCUCCUUCACAACUCGAAGCAGUCGCGAAGCCAGGCUGGCGUCGCAGUCGAGAGAAAGUCACAGAAUUCGACUCGAAAUACAAGGAGGAUGCACAAGGCGCAUAUCUCUAUCCUGAAAAUCUUGCCUUUGGAAUACUAUUGCGCAAUCACUAG